CCUUGAUAAUAUUCAUGACAGAUCGUUUCUCCGUUUAGAUGGUUCAUCUAAAUGAAUUUUUAUUUGUUUGUUCAUUUCCAUUUUUAUCUAAAUGAGUUAUUAGACAAAUGACUUAUAUACUAAAUUGUUUUGAUUUAAUUAUAUUUUAUUUUUGUUUAAUUAUAAUUAUUAUAUUAAUUAUUAUCAACUAUCUAAAAUAUAACUAAAUUAGAUCACAUACAAUAAAAUUAAAUCAAAUAUAUAAUAUUUCAAAAUAACAAAAUAAUAUAAUGGUAAUUAUAAUAGAUAUCUAAACCACUAGACUGAAAAAUUAUAAAAUUUUGUAUAAAUAGUCAAAAAAUAAUUUUAUAAAUAUACUUAUGUUAUUGUAUUUUAAAAACAUAAAUUUGAAUAAAAAUACAAUUUUAUGCAUAGUUGAAUAUUUAGAUAAAUUGCUUGAUGGUUAAUAAAUUUAACUUUUCAUCAAAACAAAUAUUUAGAUUAUAGAAAAAUUCACUAAUCAUUGUAAAUAGAUGACUAAUCGUGCUUCCAAGUUGUAUAGUUUAUUUGAAUUUGAACACGAUAUAGAAUAUUGGCUAUAGUAUUAACUAAAACAAAAUUUAAUAGAAAUAUAUUCUAGAUAUACAAUAAAAUUCUAUAAAUUAAUGAUGUUGAGACUAUGAAAUUUUAUUCAUUUUAGAGUUAUUAAUUUAUAAAAAUAUCUUUUAAAGAUUUUUAUAUUUUAUAAUAUAUUUUUAUAAAAUAAAAAAUAAUAAAUUUUAUCGUAUAUAUACAUCAGUUAAAUUUUAGAGAUGAGUUUCAUAUUACUUUUAUUGUAUUAUUUAUUGUAUAUGAAAUAUGUUUCAUAAAAAUUUAAAUAUAGUUUAGAUAUAAUGAUAAUUUUAUUGUGGAUAUAAAACAAACAAUACAAUGCGUUAUUUGUAUUUAUAUAAAAUGUAUAUACAUAAACUAUUAGUUUAUGAUGUUAGUUAGAUCAUAUAUUACAUAUGAUUUUCUAAAAAUAUAUUUUUUAUCACCUUAUCGAUUGUGUCAUAGUUUGAAUUAGUUUAACUAAACAAUAGAGAAAUUUACUAAUUUAUUAUGUUUAUUAAUUUAUCAAGUAUUAAUUUAUAAUUUUUAUCUAUAUACAUAUAUGAAUAAUUAUAUUAAUUAAAUAGAAACAGAAAAAUAAAAAUAUCAUAAGAAGUAAAUUUUUGCAAAGCUUCAUAAAACCAAAAAUUUAAAUAAAACAUUGGUAAGUAAAAUAAAAAAUGAUUAUUUAUAAUUUAUCUAAUUUUCAUAAUUAUAGUUAAAAUUCUAAAAUAUAUGAAAAUAUUGUUAUUAUUUUUUAAAAUAAAAUUUUAGUUAGGAAAAAUUAUUGAUGUAAACAUAUAUUUUUAAGUAACGUUAAUAAUUUAGGGAAUUGCUCCUGAGCCCUAAAAACAAAGGCAUUUGCUCCCAAUUUUGGUUUUGGUUUUGGUUUUUCUUCGUGUGGCGACUUUGGAUUUGGAAAGUGAACGAACAGAGAAGAAGAUCUCAGCUUACACUUGAUCUACAAAGAGUCACUAGUAAGUUGUGAGAUUGCGAGAUUUAUCAGUAAAAGACGAUUCCUUUUGCUCUAAUUGAAUCAGAUAGAUCUGUCGAAAUAGCUUUAAACAUCGCAUUGGGUCCUCAUGUAUUCACUGCUUCUCCAUGGUAAACGAAGGUUCGUCGAUUUGCAGAAAUGGCCUAGCUUUAUAGUUUCACUGAAUCUUUCGCGAAAUGCAUCUUCUUCCUCUGCUUCUGGUCUCAAAGGCAAGAACUUUACAGUCUCUUACCUCGUUGAUUCCCUGAGUUUCACCCCAAAACUCGCUGAAUCAAUCUCAAAGAAAGUCACUUUCGACGACAAGUCUCGUCCUGAUUCAGUUCUGAACCUUUUCAAAAGUCAUGGCUUCACAGAUUCUCAAAUCUCCACCAUCAUUACAGCUUACCCACUGUUGCUUACAGCAGACGCUGAAAAGUCUAUUGCCCCCAAGCUUCAGCUUCUGCUGUCUAGAGGAGCUUCACCCUCUGAGCUCACUGAGACUAUUUCAAAAGUCCCGAGGAUCUUGUCAAAGGACAGAUCUUUAACCGUGUACUAUGACUUCGUCAAAGAGGUUAUAGAAGCCGACAAGAAGAGUACUUCCACUUUAUGUCUGCCCAAAAGGGGUAAGCAGGAGAACAAAAUCAGAAACAUAUCUGCUUUGAGAGAACUGGGCAUGCCUCAGCGAAUGUUGUUCCCUCUUCUCAUCUCAAACCGCCCACACAUCUGUGGGAAAGAAAGGUUCCAAGAGUCUCUCAAGAAGGUCGUUGAGAUGGGUUUUGAUCCCACCACCCCAAGGUUUCUUGAAGCUCUGCGGAUUGUUAUGGGAAUGAAUAACGAAACGGUGCAAGAGAAAGUCAGUGUCUAUAAACGUUUAGGCUUUACUGCGGAAGAUAUUUUGGUAAUGUUCAAGAGGUUCCCUAUUUUUCUUGCACUCUCUGAGAAGAAGAUAACUCGUAGUUUCGAAACCAUGAAGGAGUGUGGGCUCCUUGAAGACGAGGAGCUCCGCUCAGUGGUGAAAAUGUUUCCGCAGUGCCUUGGCUUUUCAGAGGAGAAUAUAUUGAACUCUGUUGAAACAUUCCUAGGUCUUGGCUUCAGCAGAGAUGAGAUUGCCAUGAUGGUGAAGCGCCUUCCGGCGAGCAUUGGGUAUGCUGGAGAGACGGUGAAGAGGAAGACUGAGUUUGUGGUGAAGGAGAUGAGUUGGCCACUAAGGGCUGUGGCUUUGUUUCCUCAGGUGCUUGGAUUAAGCAUGGAGAAGAGGAUUGUCCCAAGGUGUAACGUAAUCAAAGCUCUCAUCUCCAAAGGAUUGAUCAAAAGUGAACUCCUCCCUUCACUGUCGUCUGCUUUGGUAUGUACAGAUCAGGAUUUCUUGAAAAGGUACGUGAGGAAGCACGAUGAGGACGAGGAGUUUGUGGCUGAGUUGAUGGCUGUAUUCACUGGAGAGAUGAGAACAAACAAAUAAAGCUUCUGAAGACAAGAAGAAACAGAUAAUGCCUAAACUUGAAUCUUAGAUAUUGCAGUUCUAGGCAAUGAUCAUUAGACCAAAUGGUUCAUGUUUCUUUUUGAAAUCUGGUUACUUGUAAUGAGCAAGAGGUGAGUUUCGGUUGUAUCAAGAGGUAAUUUGGCUGUGGAAAAUCAGUUUGAACAUUAUUGAAA